GUGAUGCAGACUGUCAGGUGAUGCUGGAGCACUGCCAAGGAGGUUGCAAGGAAGCUGCGGGCAAGAUAGCUCAGAAUGUGUGCUCGCUCUUCCUUUGGCGGCACAAGUAUGACAUCAGCAAGCUCCACAAGCAGAACAAUCUUCAUCAGGGUUCGGACAACUGGGUGGCCGUGCACUCGCUGCAGACCCAGCGGGACGGAGGGAUCUUGGACCCUGAUGACCGGCUGUACGAUGUGGCCGACGACAGGGAGCAGAUCAUCGCCAACUUCGGGGAGGGGCCCGGCAGCCACGGCGGCGGGGAUGGGGCCUCCAGUGCCGGCACCUCUUCUCCCGACAUCUUCGUCGCUGUCGGAGAGAAAGGAGGUACCGACAUAGAGGUGACGGAUGAACACAUUGCCUCUGGAAUACCAGGACCUCUGCAAGUUAGGCGGGGAAGCGAGCCGGCCCUCAACCAAAUUUUAGUUAAUGGCAGUACCAACGGCGAGGCGGUCGGUGGUCCCCCAGUAAGCACCGACGCGUCCAAGCGGUGGUCUGCGGCGCCUCUCAUCACCGAGCCCAGGUCUUCCAGGAAGGAGGAUAGAGACAAUGGCAGGGAUGAUAGAUGGAUUACCUUAGAAGAAGAAGACCCAGUAACUUUAAGGCCUCCUCCAGCAUUUGCAAGAGAUGGAUCUAAUAGGUUAUCAAUACAAUUUUUUGGUGAUAAUGGGUACAGAUGGAGUGAUGCAGCUGACAAGGCAAUUUUACAUAACAGACUACAGUCACUUUCAUUACCACGUGAGCAUAAAAGAAGGGAACCUCUUGGGCAGGCUCAUGGUACAUCUCCUCAACCAACAGAAUCACCAAGUGAGAGAAGUGAAUUCAUCUCUCUUGAGACUGGCGGCGGAAGCCUCGGUCUUCACGUUGUUCCUGAUUAUGACUCAUUAGGAGGGGAGAGAGGUCUCCUGGUCCAAGGAGUUGAGCCAGGAGGAAAAGUGGAUUUGGAUGGUAGGCUAGCUGUGGGGGAUCGUGUGGUCGAGAUCAAUGGUGCCAACCUUCUUGGUCAACCCUUUUCUGUGGUGCAGGAAAUAUUCCGUGAUUCCCUUAGAUGUCCUGAACUGCGAUUAAAAGUUGUCAAAGGUGGAGCAUUGGGAAGUGUAGGUAGGAGUAGCAGUAAAAAGCAACCUCCACCGACACUUCCCAAGCCAACGUCUGUAGGUCUAACGCAAGAACGAGCUGAACCUAUCAACAUGAUAGGAAGUCAAGAAAGAUGUGUGAUUGGUUGCAGUAAAGUUGCUAUGACCCGCAAAGUUCCAGCUGCCGGUGCCAGCUUGCAAACUGGCAACACUCGCAAGUUGGGUAAGAAAGUGGAAAUUUGCCUCACGAAAGGUGACUAUGGUCUUGGGUUUAGUGUUACAACUCGGGACAAUCCUGCUGGUGGGCAUGCUCCUAUCUACAUUAAAAACAUUUUACCUAAGGGAGCAGCAGUGGAGGACGGUCGCCUCAGGCCAGGGGACAGGCUCCUAGCUGUGGAUGGUGUCGACUUAACUGGCAAAACUCAAGCUGAUGUGGUUGCUAUGUUACGAAAUGUACCUCCAGGUUCAUCAGUCAGCCUUACUGUUUCCAGACAACACAGCCCAUCAGCCUCGAGCGAUGGAAUGAUGACACCUGAGAUGACUUCAUCGACACCAUCUCCCAACAUAAUGAAAACACCCGAUAAAGAACCACAAAUGAAUCAUGUAAACCAUUCAUCAAAGAGUGAUGAUGGAGAAAAUACAGUCUAUCCGUGGAGGCAGCGUGAGAUCCUAACCCUCGAUAUUCCUGUGCAUGAAUCAGAAAAGGCAGGACUAGGAGUUUCUGUUAAAGGAAAGACUUCAGCAGGGGUCCAGGGAAGUCAGUCGUCAACACCACUUGACCUCGGUAUAUUUGUAAAGAGUGUACUUCAUGGUGGUGCUGCAUCAAGGGACGGGCGUCUGAAGACAAAUGAUCAGUUGCUAUCUGUUAAUGGUGUCUCAUUGGUUGGUGAGUCAAACUCUGUUGCCAUGGAAACCUUGCGAAGAGCGCUCCUCCGUUCAGAGGGCCCUGUCCCAGGCCAUAUCACCCUCACUGUUGCAAGAAAAUUGCACAGGUCUGACUCUAUCUCAAGUCUGCUCACGGAUUCCUCAGCUAAUACUGAAACUUUUGGCUGCCGGAUAGACGACAGUUCGAGCAGUCAGCCUCCUGCUACUGAAACGUCUGGAAACAGUGAGAACUCAGAUAACACUGUUAUUUAUGUGCCCCCUUAUAAAGCUCAAUUAGAAAACACCCUUGCCAUGAGGAAUCCUGUUGUUGAUAGGUUAACAAGUCAGUCAAAUAAUCUUAGCCAUCAUCUUUCGAAUCCACUCAGAAAUGAAAGUUACUAUCGAGCUACUCAUCAGACAUCCAUACUUCUUAACGGAAAACUCGUAAGCCCCACUAUUAAUAUACCACCUCAAGAGUCAGUCAUCAUUGAAGAUGAACUACCUUACAACAAUCAACAGAGAAAUGGUGAAAACGAAAAAAUAAGCAAUGGACAACAGCGAAAUAGCACCAGUAGUUCUCAGACUAACAACGAUAUAACAUAUGCCAGCCAACUUUCAUUAGAUGAAGGAGGAGGUUUUGCUCGUGAUGCUUUCGGGCGGCAAAGUAUGUCUGAGAAACGUCAUGCUGCUUUAGAUGCCAAAACUACAGACACUUAUCAGAGGAAUAAACGGGCCAGAGAGGAAAGGGAGAGAGCCAAUAGGGAAGCAAAUAACAAUAAUGAUCCUAAUAUCAAACCUCAAUUGGGACCAGCACUCGGAAUGAAAAAAUCGUCAAGUCUUGAAUCACUGCAAACUAUGGUUCAAGAGCUACAAAUGACUGAAGAGGAAGGUGGUGGAUACAGAGCUGGACAGACUGGAGUCAGGAUUGUAAGAGGCCGAGGUUGUAAUGAAAGCUUUAGAGCUGCAGUUGACAGGCUUGAUCCAUUGGCAGAAGACGAAGAUAGUCCUCUUGGCAGGCAACCAUCUUUAAAUACCUCCCUAGAAAGUAAAUCCAGUAAGGGGAAGAAACGACCCAGUCUAUUAAAAGGGAUUGGUUCUAUGUUCAGGUUUGGUGCAAAACGAAAAGACACAAUACCUACUGGUAACCCUGAGGAUGAGAAAGAAGCUGCAAGAAGAGCUGCUAAAGAAGAACAAGAAAGGAUACAGGAACAAUAUAGGAGGCUUAUUAUGAAACAACAUGAAUAUCAGCAGCAACAGCAGUUGCAACAACAGCAGCAACAGCAACAGAGGGAUAAACAGCAACAACUCCAUAUCCGAGUCGAGGAUGAGAAAUAUUCUUCUUUACCCACCACUGAGCCUUCCCGUACUGAGAGGAUAAACCAACUGAGGCUAGAGCAUCAGCGGAGACAUUCAGAGCGAAGGGGUCAUUACCCACUUGACGAACGGGAAGAAGUGUAUGAACAUCAUUUAAAACAGAAGUUAGAAAAUGGUGAAAUUGAAAAUGCCAUGACUAGGCCUGGUAGUCGAGUUGGAAUCACUGAUCCUUCGAGGUUCAGUCAUUACGUCAACUACCACGAAAUACAACAACAUCUCAAGGAAGAAAUAGCUGCUGUGAAACUUCGAAGGCCAAAAUCUCAAAAAGAGGCUUCAUCCUCUGAUGAAAGUCGAAGGCAGCAACAUUACCAUUCACAAAGGGCAGCUCAGAGAGAACCAGUCCACCGGCCCGUUUCAAACUUUUACGAGUACGAAUCAGUUCAAGCUGUCCUGAGGGGUGAGACCGAAGCUGGGUCUCUGCCAAGGAGGCCUGGUGAACACAUAACACUGAAUGGCUACAAUCCAGUUGGUCGCUAUUCUUCUGGCUUCGGCUACCCAUCACAGAUGAAUGGGCUACCUUAUUCAGCAGCUCAGUACCAGGCCAGGCCGUACAAACCUGGCCCAUUUGUCACCCAUGUCACCAUCAGGGAAACUCAACCGAAAGUAUAGCUCAAAUUUUUACCUCCUUGUGGAGGUUGCCCUCUAAUCCUAGGUUUUCCUGUGUAUAUAUAGCUGAUAAAUAAGCCCCAAAAAACUUAUCUCCUCUAAGAGGCUCUUUUGAUUGAAAAUAUCUACUCGUCUAAAAAUGAACAAAUUUUUAUAAUGUGUUUUUAUAAAGAGAUAGUAAUUAAUGUUAUUAUUGAUGCUUAAUAUGUUGUAUAUAGGUGUAUAGAAAUUAAUAAAUACCCUUUAUAGACUUUAUUGUAUUAACAUAGAUUGAAAUAUCAAUCGAAGAACCGAUUGAUCUUGACCUAAUGUAUUCUUCAUAGUUGCCUGGUAGUAAAAGUUGAUAACAGUUUAAAUAUUAGUUAACAAAUUUUUAAAUUUAAUUCUAGAUUGUUUUACUAUUUUUUGAUUUUUUUAGAAAUAAACAUUGAAAAACUUUUUUAAUUAGUAUGCCGGAGCUAGUCAGCAAAGUUGGCAGAUUGUAGAAUAAGAAAAUUCUGUAAAGAAGUUAUCACUGUAUUGAGUAUAGUAUGAUCUACUUCAAGUUUAUUAAUAAUUGAUCAAGUACUAUUGUGUGCAUUCCAUUUAAAUCUUAAAUUGUUAAUAUUGUGAAAUGUUUUUCAUUGUUAAAAUUUUUAGUACAUUGAGGAACAGAUUUUUCUGGGAUAUUACCUCAUUAUUUAUCGCCAACCGAAUAAUUAUCAAAUCAUAAAUUUUUACUGUGGAAAUGAUUGACUGAGUAAAUUAGUUCUGGGAUGACCAGAUAUCGGGGAAAAUGUUCACCAUUUCUUUCUUUCUAAUUAUCUCCUCUUCUACCUCUAUUAGAUUAGAAGUGAUAGAGGAUUUCCAAUGAACUAUAUAUAAUCAGAAAUCAUUUGUAAAAGGAUUUGAAUAAUUUAAAUAAUAAUAUUUCAUAUAUAAAUAAAAACAAAAUAUUUUAGAAAAACUAAUGUUUUUUAAAUCAUUAUUUAAUACUUAAUGCAGUUAUGAAAUCUGCCUGUUGACUACUAUUUUAUGUAUUUUCUUAUCCGUGAAAUGGACUAGUUUAAUAUUUUCAAAUGUACCAUAGCUCACUACUUUAUUUUCCUAUUACAGAUAAAAUGAUGUAAUAUUUGAAUAAUCAAUUACUACAAUAUUUGAGGCAUUUUGUCAUAAAAUAUGAUUCCUGAAAAAAAUAAUUACGAACUUAAAUGUUUGUUUGUUAAAAACAUUUCCAUUCCAUUCCAUUUGUUAAAAAGACACUUACCGUACUGUAAUACAAACAUCACAAUUCAAAGAAAGCAAACUCCUUCAGAUUCUGAGAACGAAAUCCUGUAAAAAACUUCAGUUUACAAAAAAUGUUAAAUAGCAUGUUCUAUGACCCAGUGCCUCAUCUUGUUUUGAGAAGUGUUUAAUUUGAUUACAAUGGCCUUCCAAUGUUCAGAGACUGUUGAUUAUUGUUGAUGUAAUUAAAAGAUAAAUUUACUAUAAAUCGUUCUGGCUGGUUUCAGAAAGGUGAAAUCAGAAAUUAAAAAUGAAAGGGAAAGUGCCAUUCCUUGCUAAGACUGUUUAUGAAUUUAAGUUUUUUUUUUUCUUCGUGCACUUAAUUACAUUCCAGCAUGUUUAAUAACUUUCCUAGAUUUGAUAUCAGUAUGUUUUUUAUUAGCAGCAUUGAUUUAGAUAUCAGGAUAUUGAAAAAGACAGACCUUUUUUAAUAAAAAAAAACAUAAGUUAUUUUUUUUUAUGCUACUUCAUGUUUUUGAAUUAUAUUAAUUAAUUUAUAUUUAAGAGAAAAGUAUUUCUUGAUUUUAUAUCCAUUAACAUCACUUGUUAGUUAUAAAUCAUAUUUUACAAUUUUUUGUUUUUAUUAAUGAAUGUUGUAGUUCUGAUUAUUUAAUAUCUUACAAUUAAUUAGUAUUUAUCAUAAUAGUUUAUAAAAUUGAAUUAAUUUCAUAAAUUUUAAUUACUUUCUUUGUUAAGCUGCUUAAUUUUAUGUACUAUAAAAAUUACAACUACCUAGUCUUAAUCGUCUUCAUGAUAAUUUUAAUAAUCUUUUACUAGCUUGCAUCUCUGCUCAAAUUAGUUACCACUUGUUACAACAGUUAGGAUUUUCGUCUGGGAUAUAACUUUUAAAAUAUUUCCACAUUAAAUAAUAUUUUCUGCGAAACUGUAAGGCUGUCACAUUCCUUCCAUUAUGUGGACAAUAAUUUAUUUACACUUUUAAUUUUGAUAAAUUAUAAAUUUUUUCUGUUGUUUAGAAUAUUUUAUAUUUAUAUAUUUUAAGAAUCAAUUUUAUUAUGUAUAUUUUCACAAAUCUUAUUGUUUUUAUACGUUGUAUAGAGUGUGUAUAUUCACUGAUAUUUUUACUUCUUACAAUCAUGAAAAUAAAUUUAUAAAUUAUUUGCUCUAAGAGAUUAUAUUAUGUAUAACAAAUAUUGUUUUUGUCAGCGAUUAAUAUCUUCCAUGUUGCUGAUUUUAUGAAUUUUAUUUUGGUUAAACUUCGGAAAGCUGCCAUAGUUAAGAUGUUAAAUGGGCUUUUAAUGUCAAAAUUUUGUGUGGAAUUUGGUCUGAAUGUAGUAUGUCAAAGUACUGAUAUGAUUUUAGAUAUUAGCGAUUGUACAUAUAUACAUAUAUUCAGAGUUAUAUUGUUAACUAUAUUUUUAUCUGAUGUUCUCUUCAUAGAUGAUAAUGAAGCAUAUCAAUUAAUUGUAAACAACUUGUGAUAUUUACUCCAUUCCAAAUAUUAUUUCACUUUAAUUUGUACUUAAAAUCUAUUGUGCUUGUAACAAUAGUGUUAUUUACAAUUAAGAACAAUAUAUAGAAUGUAUAGUGAAUAAUAAUUUUAUGUAAAUAAUAAAAAUAUCAGUUUAUGUGAUAAUAUAUUAA